AUGGCUUCUAAUGUUAAAGCAUCAACUGCUCUUGUUCUUUCUCUUAACCUUUUUUUCUUUGCUUUUGUAAGCUCUCACAAUGUCGAAAACCCCGUUUAUAUUCACCCCGGAGAUGUGUACCAUAAUGGCAGAAUCACUCAUGGUCAUCCCGGUACAUGCAAUCCCCUAAAUCUCGGUGUAUGCGUUGGCCUGUUGGGUUUGGUGGAUGUUAAUCUCGGAAACGUACCUACAGAACCAUGUUGCAGCGUGAUUGAAGGAUUAGUCGAUCUUGAAGCUGCAGUUUGCCUUUGCACUGCUGUCAGAGCCAAUGUGUUGGACAUUCCCAUCGACCUUCCUAUUUCAUUGAGCCUCUUACUCAAUAAAUGUGGAAGAGAAGUAGCUACGGAAUACAUUUGCAGCCCUUAA